UUUAAACUUCUUUUAUCCCACGUGAUCAAAUUCUCCAUUAUCCUUCUAACUUCUUUAUCUUUUCAUAACUCUCUUCUCUUCUUCAUUACUCUCACCCUUCUAUCUUCUUUCUCUACUCUGUUACACCUCAAAAAUAAAAUAAAAUUAGAAAAAUGAAAUUCCCAAACUCUUUGAUCAUAUUUUUAUUAACGGUUACAGUUCAGGUGGGGGACUUCGCCGCGCAUAUACCUUCCACCGCUUACCACCACGUUUUAUUCUCCGAUCGGAGAUGCUGCGAUCAGGAGAAGGACAAAGAGUUAACGAUACCGCCGUGCAAAAACGGGACGCGGAUGAGGACGACGGAAACGAACUGUGAGAUAUGGAGUGACGCAUGUUCGGAGGCGGUGAUGAGCGUUGCGCAGUUGCCGGAGACGGUGGAGUGGUUGAAAAGUGUUCGGAGGAAGAUCCAUGAAAAUCCGGAGUUGGCUUUUGAGGAAAUCGAGACGAGCCGUUUGAUAAGAGAGGAGUUGGAUCUGAUGGAAGUUAGUUAUCGAUACCCGCUCGCGAAAACCGGUAUUCGUGCUUGGAUCGGUACGGGAGGUCCACCUUUUGUUGCAGUUAGAGCUGACAUGGAUGCACUUCCUAUCCAGGAAGGUGUUGAGUGGGAGUACAAGUCUAAAGUUGCCGGUAAAAUGCACGCUUGUGGGCACGACGCACAUGUGGCGAUGCUUAUUGGUGCUGCCAAGAUAUUGAAAACUCGUGAGCAUUUAUUAAAGGGUACUGUAAUUCUGCUAUUCCAGCCAGCAGAGGAAGCUGGUAAUGGUGCAAAGCGAAUGAUACAAGACGGUGCUUUGGAGGACGUGGAGGCUAUAUUUGCAGUUCAUGUAUCCCACGAACAUCCAACUGCUAUAAUUGGGUCGAGGCCUGGACCCCUGUUGGCUGGCUGCGGAUUUUUUCGAGCAGUUAUUAGUGGGAAGAGAGCCUUUGCUGCGAACCUUCGCUACUCGGCUGAUCCAGUUUUAGCCGCUUCAGCCGCAGUUAUCAGCAUACAGGGCAUUGUCUCUCGCGAAUCAAAUCCAAUGGAUUCACAGGUUGUGUCUGUAACUUCGUUUAAUGGAGGCAAUAGUCAUGACACGAUCCCGGACGAGGUUGUCAUUGGUGGGACCUUCAGAGCAUUUUCUAACACCAGUUUUUAUCAGCUGCUAGAAAGAAUAGAGCAGGUGAUUGUAGAACAGGCUAGUGUCUACAGAUGCUUUGCAGAAGUUGACUUCUUCGAAAAGGAAUAUAAUAUUUACCCUCCCAUGAUUAAUGAUGACCAAAUGUAUGAGCACGUGAAAAAAGUGUCAAUCGAUUUGCUCGGUAGAAAGAAUUUCAGGGUAGUCCCACCUAUGAUGGGUGCCGAAGAUUUCUCUUUUUACUCCCAAGUCAUUCCUUCAGCUUUCUUCUACAUAGGGAUAAGGAAUGAAACACUAGGGUCUACUCACACAGGACAUUCUCCGCAUUUCAUGAUUGAUGAAGACGCUCUACCGAUAGGAGCCGCUGUUCAUGCCACCAUUGCAGAGAGGUACCUCAUUGAACACGGAUGAUGCUGAAAACCAUGUCCAUUCCACUUUGUACAAAUAUGUACACUGGUUUAUCCGUCUUCCUCAUGUUCUCUGUUAAUGUGUUGCUUGAGGUUAAGGAACGGUAGAAACCAUGUUAUCAUUCCUUGUGUAGAAGGUAGGCUCAAAAUAGGAAACAGAAGGGUGGGGGCACAAUAUAUGUAUAAAAUAUGUUCACCAUUUAUGGAUGCAGAUGAACAUCUGUAUAAACUAUUAAAUAAUGCUGUAAUUGAUUGAAUUUUUCUUAAUGAUAAUAGUCCUAUAAGCACAUCAUAUUCAGAA